AUGUCUUUCACAGUUUCUGCAAACGCCGAAAACCCACCACCAAAAUGCACCAAAACGACUCUUUCAUCUCUUCCUCUGCCAGAUGAGAUGUCAACGGUUUGCUUCGCAUACGUACCAAGAUGUGACUACCCUUCACUCUCUCAAGUCUCCAAGACUUUCAACCAACUCAUCGCUUCCUCGUACCUUUACCGCGUACGUUCACUCCGACAAAGCACCGAGAAAGUUCUUUACAUUGCCUUGAGAUUCAGUCGCUACCAAAACCCUAUCUGGUACACUCUCAAUCAAAAACCUUACAAAGAAGAGUCAAACUCUUUGAACCAUAAGUUGGUUCCGUGUCCUAAGUCUUUCCCUUCUCUGUCUUUUUGGGGGUCUAAUGUUAUUGUGAUCGGUAAAGAUAUGUAUGUUCUCGGUGGAGGCAUCAACGGUGGGUUAACCACUGAUGCUUUUGCUAUUGAUUGUAUAACUCGCACGUGUCGGUCUCUUCCUAGCAUGCGUGUGGCUCGUCACUACGCUGCUUUUGGUGUUGUAGAUGACAAGAUUUAUGUACUUGGGGGAUGUGACGAGAAGGAUAAGUCGUCGGAAGAUUGGGUUGAGGUUUUCAACCUCAAGAAUCAAACAUGGGAAAGCUUUCAAGGUGUGUGCAACAAACAGUUGCAAAAGAAAACGUUCUGUAGUGUUGUGAUGAACGAGAAGAUUUACAUAAUGGAUCGUAAGAAAAGCUUUGUGUAUGAUCCGAAGAAAAAUAAAUGGGCGAGGGAAAACUCGUUGGAAAGUGAAUGGCCAGUUGGUUCAUGCGUCAUUGACAACAUGUUGUACACUUUCGGGACUGAGAACGGAAUAAGAGUGUACAAUCCGAAAGCUAGGAUAUGGAGAGUACUGAAAGGUGUUAAUGAGGAUCUACCUGACAUGCGUGGUUCUCAAGGAUUGUCUAGAAUGGCGAAUCACGGGGGGAAACUAGUGAUUUUGCUUAAGCGUGAUGAGCCGAGGAAAACAAACAUUUGGUGCUCAGAGAUUGCGAUAGAGAGGCGUGGACAAGGAGAGGUCUGGGGGAAGGUUUUGUGGACUAACCUUGUAAUCAGUUUCAAUAACUGCCCAUCCAUCGCUCAGUGUCUAGAUGUCAUCAUUUGA